UUUGAUGACGUCAUGGACGGCGAUAGCAGCGGCCAUUACACAGCGCGUUUAUGAGGAAGGUCGGAAGCGCAACGAGUCAACGGAAAAUCUAUCAACGACAGAUCGCGGAUACAGUAUAAAGACAGAUAUCUGUUAUCACCAAGCCGAGAUAAAAAAAAAACACCCGUGACACGGCAUUUGGCGUUUAAUGAGCUGAUAUCCGAGUUGAACAGCAGUGUUUGGUGUUUGUGCUUCGCGUCGGCCCAGCGCAGCGCGUGAGUGUGGCAGUGGUACAUUAAACUGGAGUUCAGUGCGCGCGCACUCACUGCUGAUUUAAUUACCGAAGAAUCCGUGAGAACUACCGCAGAAUCGCGCAGGUGAUGGAUGAUAAAACGUUCACGAAAGAAUUAGACCAAUGGGUCGAACAGCUGAACGAGUGCAAACAGCUGACCGAGAACCAAGUGAGAACACUCUGCGAGAAGGCUAAAGAGAUUCUCACUAAGGAGUCCAAUGUGCAGGAGGUGCGCUGCCCCGUCACAGUGUGUGGAGAUGUGCAUGGCCAGUUUCAUGACCUGAUGGAGCUCUUCAGAAUUGGUGGGAAGUCACCUGACACCAACUACCUGUUUAUGGGCGACUAUGUAGACAGAGGAUAUUACUCAGUGGAAACAGUCACACUUCUUGUUGCACUAAAGGUUCGCUAUCCCGAACGCAUCACGAUAUUGCGAGGAAACCACGAGAGCAGACAGAUCACACAGGUGUACGGUUUCUAUGACGAGUGCUUGAGGAAAUACGGCAACGCAAACGUCUGGAAGUAUUUCACAGACCUCUUUGACUACCUACCCCUCACAGCCCUGGUGGAUGGGCAGAUCUUCUGCCUGCACGGUGGUCUCUCUCCAUCCAUUGACACACUGGAUCACAUUCGUGCACUGGAUCGUCUGCAGGAGGUGCCACAUGAGGGACCCAUGUGUGACCUGCUGUGGUCAGACCCUGAUGAUCGUGGUGGCUGGGGAAUCUCGCCACGAGGAGCUGGUUACACCUUUGGACAGGACAUUUCUGAGACCUUCAACCACGCUAAUGGCCUCACGCUGGUGUCCCGUGCACAUCAGCUGGUCAUGGAGGGGUACAAUUGGUGUCAUGAUAGGAACGUUGUCACCAUCUUCAGUGCGCCAAACUACUGCUAUCGCUGUGGCAACCAGGCAGCCAUUAUGGAACUGGACGAUACCCUUAAAUAUUCAUUCCUUCAGUUUGAUCCAGCUCCCCGACGCGGAGAGCCUCACGUCACCCGCCGCACCCCCGACUACUUCCUAUAAGCAAGCACUGGCCUGCCUCCAAAGACCUCUUACGCAAACGAAAAAUUGACAAUUCCAAACAUGCAUACAUCUAUUCAUCCAAUGUGUACAUAAAAUGGGGGAUAUGUUCUGACACAACACUAACAUGGACCAAAAUGUGCCAUACAAGCAUUUAAUGCCCAAAUCCGAUCGCUCUGUCUCAGUACUGCUACAAAGUGUCUCGUUUUAGCCUAUAGUGCAAAUUGCCUGCUGUAUACAAUGAAUAGAGUUGUUCCUUCGUUCUUGAAUUGUAAAUUACUCUGAGUAAAAAAACAAGCAACUAGCUUUCUCUCUUACGGUAUCACUGGAAAAAAAAUGUCAUUUAAGUUGGCAAUGCCAGGCAUGUGAAAAACAGUAACAUUUUAUACAAGUGCACAAGCUGACAUUCUUUCCUCUAUCUUCAUCAAAAAAACACAAAAAAAUCCUAUCGGGAAGGAAUGUUGAAACCGAAGGACGUGCCUCUUCCGUUCUGGGAGUGAACACACAAGUGUACAUGGACUUCAUCUGACUGUCCCUCUUUGUCUAAUCUUACCAUUUUAUUUUCUUUUGUUUCCUGUCUUCUGUGUUAUUGUUAAUAAGUGAUAGCCUCUUCUUUGGUGUAUUUGAACUAAUAAAGUACUUUUAAUCGCAAGCUACUCCAAAACCA